AAACGUACCAAGACAGUGUUGGCUGGUAGAGGCUACAAAAUUUCGAAUUACCUACCUAGUACCUACCUACUUCCUUUCAUAAUUGAUUCAGAUUUCAGACAGUAUGAGUAGUGUAAUGUGAGGAGAGGACUGAGGAAUUGAAAUAAAAAAUCGACCGUGGUGAUUUCCGUGAACAUCAUAAAAUUUAAAGAGUCGACAAACAUUUAGGACCUUCGUUGAUGUAAAUUAAAUAUGGCUAUGUAUAUCUAGACGAUGCACAUUAAUACGCGGACCAGAAUCUAAUGAUUUUUAAAAUAUUUUCGGAGCCAUUUACACAUGGCGAAGAGUCACGUAGACUUGUGUUUUGUUAAAGUGAAUCGUUAGUUUAAGUGCUUCAUAAUAAUUGGAUUAUUACUUAUCGUUCAUAAUUUUGGUAUUAUUUACUUAAUUAAAAUGGAUAGCAAAAAUAUACAGAAAAAUGCUAUGCAGAAAAGUGCUGAAUUUACAUUUACACCUCCACCAGAAGCUCCUGUUUUUCAGCCUACACUGGAAGAAUUUGCGGAUCCCUUGGGGUAUAUUGCUAAAAUUCGUCCCGUGGCCGAAAAAACGGGUAUUUGUAAGAUAAAGCCACCAUCCAGAUGGCAGCCUCCCUUUUCGUUAGAUGUCGACAAACUAAAAUUUGUUCCACGAAUACAAAAAGUGAAUGAAUUGGAAGCCAUAACACGUCUGAAGCUUUUAUUUCUUGAAAAAAUAUUGAAAUUUUGGGACUUACAAGGAUCUCCACUGAAAAUACCCAUGCUCGAAAAUAAAACAUUGGAUUUAUACUGUCUUAAAUUUUGGGUUGAUGAAGAAGGUGGUUUCGAAGAAUGUAAUUCUCCAAAAAAAUGGAGAAAAAUAGCACAUGCAAUGGGAUAUGGCCAAAAUACUAGCACAAUUAAUUUUCUUCGGAAUAAUUAUGAAAAGGUUUUGCUACCAUAUGAAAUAUUUGAAAAAAGCAAGGCGGAUAUCUUGAAAUCAGUUAAAAAAUCUGAACCGAAACCAGAAAUCUAUGAAACAGAGAUAGGCCAGCAGGUUAUGAAAGAAAUCUCUAUUGAAUCCAUCACUAAAGUAAGAGAACACAUUAAGGAUGAAAAACCCAAUACAAGCAUAAAGAAAACUAAAACUGGAUCAGAUAUAAAGCCUGACUUAGACCAAAGUAAAGAUAGUGAGGCAAUGAAAUGCAACAGGGAAUUAAGACGUCUUGCCUGUUAUGGCCCUGGACCAAAAAUGCCAGGAUUAAAUGAUGAGGAAUUUGAUAUAACUAAAUCUAGAAAGAGACCAAGAUAUGAUUUAGAUCCAUUAGCAAUACAUAUUUGUGCAAUUUGUCAGAAAGAACACAGGGAUGACUUACUUCUGAUAUGCAAUGGUUGCUCAGACACAUACCAUACCUUUUGCCUCAAACCACCUCUUAGUGCAGUACCUGAUGGUGACUGGCGUUGCCCAUGUUGUAUUGCUCAAGAAGUACACAAGCCAGCUGAAGCAUUUGGUUUUGCUCAAGCAGAAAGAGAAUACACUUUACAACAGUUUGGUGAAAUGGCAGAUAAAUUUAAGUCUGAUUAUUUUGGAAUGUCGGGCCAUUUGGUACCUACCCAAAUAGCAGAAAAAGAAUUUUGGCGCAUUAUUUCGUCAGUAGAAGAAGAUGUCACCGUAGAAUAUGGCGCUGAUCUACAUUCCAUGGACCAUGGAUCUGGCUUUCCUACAAAAUCAUCCAUUAAUCUGUUUCCUGGUGAUCAAGAAUAUGUUGAUUCUGGAUGGAAUUUGAAUAAUCUUCCAGUUUUGGAUGGGUCUGUGCUAAGGUUCAUAAAUGCAGAUAUAUCUGGAAUGACUGUACCCUGGAUGUAUGUUGGAAUGUGUUUCUCAGCAUUUUGUUGGCAUAAUGAAGAUCAUUGGAGUUACUCUAUCAAUUACUUGCAUUGGGGUGAAGCAAAGACUUGGUAUGGAGUGCCUGGAAGUGGUGCAGAAUUAUUAGAAAAGGCCAUGAAAGCAGCUGCCCCAGAUUUGUUUAAAUCACAACCAGAUCUCCUUCAUCAAUUGGUAACAAUAAUGAAUCCAAAUAUUUUAAUGGCAGCUGGUGUACCUAUUUAUAGAACUGAUCAGAAUGCUGGAGAAUUUGUUGUUACAUUUCCUCGUGCUUAUCAUGCUGGGUUUAAUCAAGGAUAUAACUUUGCAGAAGCUGUUAAUUUUGCUCCACCUGAUUGGCUUAAAAUUGGUAGAGAGUGUAUUAUGCAUUAUAAGAACCUCAAAAGAUUCUGUGUAUUUUCUCAUGAUGAACUUAUAUGUAAAAUGGCUUUAGAGGGUGAUCGCUUAGAUCUAGAAACCGCUCUGGAAACACAAAAGGAACUUGUUCGUGCAACUGAAGAGGAAGGUCGUUUGAGGUCAUUGGUCUCUAGAAAAGGUUUGAAAAAUAUAAGGAGAACAGCAUUUGAAUUAUUAGGUGAUGAUGAAAGGCUUUGUGAGGUUUGCAAAACUACUUGUUUUUUAUCUUCUGUCUCCUGUCUAGAAUGUAAACACAUGGCAUGUCUACAACAUGCUGAUUCAAAAGAAUUUUGUGAUUGUAUAUUAGGAAAGAAAGUAUUAUAUUAUCGUUAUGAUAUGAACGAACUUCACAUAAUGCUGCAAACAAUUGAUUUCAGAGUAAAUAGUUUUGAUAAAUGGAUGACUGAAUCUAAAAAAAUACUCUUGCCAACAGCCCCAGAUAUUGGGAGACUGCAGAAGUUAAAACUUUUGGUGGAUGAGGCAGAAGAAUUGAAAAUUCCCAAGUGUACAUUACUGACACAAUUGAAAAAUGAAUAUUCUAAAGCCACAUCAAACAUUGAGUCCAUUGUAAUUGAGUUAGAUGAUGAUUAGAAUAUGAUAGUAUACAUUAUUUAAUGUGGUCCUCUAGUACAAAGGUUAGAAUUAUAUUUAAGUGUAGGUUGGAUUGUGAUUUGUGAGCAAAUAGGAUAUUAUAAAGUUAAAUAAGGACACAUUUCUUCUCAGUAGUUCAUCACAAUUAAAUGUGAUUUAUUUUAUCAUCACAACCUUGAUAGCUAUUAUAAACCUUCAUAUAAGUAACUAUUAUAAAUAUGAAUGUAAAUUUUCAGCAGGUGGAUUCUGCAAAUAUAAUAUGUGUAUAUAAAGGUCCAGCUUUUGAACUUAUUAGUAUUAAUUGGAAGCUAUUAAUAUGAUAAUCCUAUUACAAAAAACAUUUGCCUAAUCUUGCUCAAGGUAAUAUUAGCUUUUAAAAUGUUGAAUAGCUUUGUAUGGUUGUUGAACUUUCUAAAUCCCUUUCGUAGCAGAUAUUAAUUAGGCCAAAGAAAACACUGAAAUACUUUUUUAAAUUUUGUCUGGGAUAUAAAAUUAAUGCAAGCAUCUUACCAGUUAUACCAUACUUUUUAUGUUUUGGAACUAUUAGGGGUAUAAGAAAUUUGGAAUGUUUAUUAGGUGUAAUCCCACCGUUCUUAAAAUAUUGUGUGUAAGUAAUGUUUAAGGUGAUAUUGGUAAAUAUUGAAAUGACAUUGAAUGAUUUGCUAAGUAUUAGCACUAAGGUAGCAAUGAUUAAAUAAUAUUUGUAAUAGAUAUUAAUUUAAACUUUAAAUAAUAUUGUUUUUGUAGUAUGUCUCAUCACAACACUGCAUAUUGCAGCUUCUAAUUAUUAUGAAAAUAAAGUUGCAAGAGAUAUUGAAAUUUUGAAAUAUAAACAUAUUAUGAUUCCUUGAUCUCAUUCAGUAUUAUGUUAUGUUGUGGGCUUAUUCUGUAACUAAAAAUGUUAUACAAUUGCUUAACAUGCUUUUAAUUGUGACAGAAACCUUUAACAUAAUUUUCAGUUUAAAGGCUUAUUUGAUACAAAGAAAUGUAAUUUAUUGAAACUUCCUAUGUCAUAGAUACUUAUUUAAAUAAUUUAGAUAAGAUAUGGAAUGUUAAGUAAUGUAAUGAUAACAAGUUCUUACAUUUGCUUUGUAAUUUAUUUAAUAAAGGAAAUGAUUUAGAAUCAUAUUAAUACAAAUGACACAUUAGUUACAAAAUGUUAGGUAUUUAGUGUGAGGUAACACAAUGCACGCCUAAAACUGACACAAUUUUGUGUAUGGUUUAUAACACCAGUGCAUGUUGUGGGGCCAGGUCCUCAUGAAGGGAAAAGAAAGCUAUGGAAAAAAGGCAAAAGAAUACGUGAGGCAAGUUAAAAAGAAGGGAACCUUUCCGUUCGCUGUUGUUACUUGUCAUGAGUUUAUCUUGUGUGUUCCUCUAAGUUACGUCUUUCACCAAUGUGACACUUUGUGUUUUCUCUUUCAUUUCUGAAACGAUCGUUUUUCGAAUUAAUUAUUAAGGAGAAUAAUUAUUGUUCAGAGAGAAUCUCCUUACGUGUAGCCUUUCCUAACUAAGUUAACACUUAAGAGAAACUCAUAACAUUUGAAUAAUUAUGGAUUUCUGCAAAAAAACGCCUAAUUCAAUAAAUUUUCUUGAAUCAUGACGUAUUUUUGUGGUGUGGCUUUUAAUAACAAAUGAGUAUGGUUUAUCUUAUCUAUAUCGGUAUCAAUAAAUCAAAUUAGUACCACCGCUUCAAAAUAAAUGACGUGCUGAGAGAAGAAGCGUAGAUACUGUACCUAUUACGCGCGCCGAUGAUUUUAAAGCGGUGGAGAGCAAACAUUAAAAUGGCAUCAUAAACAAAUUAGUUUACGUCUAACAAAUUUAAUUCUCAAAUAUUUUUUUAGAUGGUGUAAUUUUAUCUUACAUCACAUACGUUUUUUAUAAUUACCACCGGAAAUUUGCACGCGAUGAGAAUUACGAAACGGCCUGUCUAACUUACCAAUGUAUCGCAUUUGACUUUCGAAAGUAUAAGAAUUGAUCCAGACGUUGGUGGCGGGCAGCUUUGGCGUUUCAAUAAUAGAGCCUUAAACUGUUUAAUAAUUCAUUACUUUUUCGUACUUAUGUAUAUUUUGAAAUAUUUGAUUUUGGUGACAGUGUGUAGGUACCACAUUCACCGAGGUAGGAGGAGGUACCUCGUAUUAAUUAGUGCGUCACAUUACAUAUUAUAUCUAUGUAAAUGCCAUUACUUGAAAAUUAAGUUCGACUGACUUGCAUAUAUGGUAAAAAUAGUUUUUAAUUUUAUUAUAACCAGUGAAAUAGCUAAUUAUUUUAGCGAAACUAUAAUGCCUCCUGGAGAAUUAUAUAAUCUGUUUAAUGCCACUGAAAUAUAAUUUUAUUGAAUUAUUUACUUUAGUCGAAAAGACAGAAUAUCUAUAUAUGUAUAUAUGAGUAAGUUAAUGUAAGACGUUAGAUUAUAAAAUUUAUCUAAUAGUGUUGCACUCCCGAACAUUUGAAUUGAGUAAGUUUGUGUGUUAUUGUAUGUAUUUUGUCUUAUUCACUUAAUUUUUGACAAAUAAAUUGUGAAAUACCAAAUUAUGUAUGUAUAGUUCACACUAUCA